CACCAAGGUCACACCGACGAAUCCUUAUCUCUUUGUUGUGUUAUCGCAAUCUUAUUGGUUGGUUUAAUAUUGUUUGCCACGUCAAUAACUUAAAUUGAGAUUAUAAGAAACUGCGCUGUUUUAUUAGAAGGGUGGCAUUUUUGUCUUUUUUCUUUUCCGGUGGCCUAAGUUGGCAAACGUAUAGUCCGGGGGGUUAGUUGCAAAACCCCCCAUAGUUUACGGUUUUUUUUUUUUUUUUUUUUGUAGUUUACCCUAUUUUAUAUUGGAAGAGAGUUUCUUGUACUUCUACCCUUGUUAAUUAAAGGGACGAGAUAAAAAUGUUAACACUUGCAGUCUCAUUUAUCGGAAAUUGGGAGUUCCAUUCUCUUUCCUUAUUUUUAUUUUAUUUAUUUAUUUAUUUAUUUUAUUUUUUUUGCUCUUUGCAUUUGUCAUGGUUCUUUAAUUUGAUUACUCCAAAUAAAUUCAGUUCUUCUUUUUCAAAAACAAAUAAAAAAUUAUUCUUGUUCCAAUAUAAUUCUUGUGUAAGUACGAAUCCAUUUAUAGAUAUGCUCUUAAUAGUAUAGUUUAAAAUUUGCAUAGAAGAUAAUUACAAUUAUUUAUUUUUACUUUUAAAGUAAAAUUUUGAUUUUAUGUUACUGCUUGUCCCCAAAUGACGGCCUCAGCACAACUGUAUUUUAGCGGGAAUAACCAACUCAUUUGGCCUGGGUUUCGGUGUCAGUGUGUCACUAGUGAAAUGAAAAUUCUUUUCUCAGUCUCUGGUCUUCCAUGAUUAAUUGAUUAUGAAAGCAAAUACAAUCAUAAACCGUUUAUUAAAGCCUAGUAUAUAUUUCCUGCUAAAUACAUGCAAAAACAUGAUAGAGCUCAAACAAAUCCACGCUCAGAUGAUCAAAGAAAUCAACUUCUCUCUUCAUGAGACCCCAACUCAAGUUUUGAAGUUGGUUUCUUUCUGUGCAGUUUCACCACAUGGAAGCUUAGCCUAUGCUAAAGCAAUCUUUAGUCAGCAACCAAACCCAUCUGUUCCACUCUAUAACUGUCUCAUUAGAGGACUCUCCUCAAGUAAACAGCCUCUUGAAGCACCAUUGUUGUACCUGGAAAUGCUCAGAAAUGGAUUGCAACCCAAUAAUUUUACUUUUCCUUUUGUGAUUAAAGCCUGCAUCAAAUCUUCUAUGACCCAUUUCGCGAUUCUAAUUCAUACCCAUGUUGUUAAAUAUGGAUUUGAAUAUGAUUGUUACAUUCAGAGUUCAUUGAUUCGUUUGUAUGCUGAUGGGAAAGAUUUGGAUUCUGCAAGACAGCUGUUUGAUAUGUGUUCUGAAAGAGACAUUGUGUCUUGGAAUUCAAUGCUUGGUGGGUUUGUGAAGUGCGGUGACAUAGAGAGAGCACGAGCGGUGUUUGACCGGAUGGUAAACAGAGAUGUGAUUUCUUGGAACACCAUCAUCAAUGGUUAUGGAAUUCUCGGGAGAAUAGAAGAAGCAGAGAGUUUUUUCAAUGAAAUGCCUGAGAAGAAUGUAGUCUCUUGGAAUUCAAUGUUGGCGGGUUAUGUUAAAUGUGGAAAUGUAGAGCUUGCCCUUAAAUUGUUCCGUGAGAUGCCUUGUAGAGAUGUUGUGUCAUGGAAUGCCAUGUUAGCAUGUUAUGCACAGAGUGGGAAAUCAAAUGAAGCUCUUGCGUUAUUUGAUGAGAUGCAGACGACGAACAUAGUGCCAACUGAGGCCACUUUUGUCAGCCUUUUAUCAGCCUGUGGUCAUUUGGGUGCUCUGGACCAAGCGUUGAGUUUGCAUUCCUACAUCAUUGAUUAUAAAAUCGAGAUAAAUUUCAUUGUUGGCACUGCGUUGGUGGACAUGUAUGCCAAAUGUGGUAGCAUAUCUCGUGCCUCUGAAGUUUUUUAUUCUAUGGAUUCCAAAGACGUUCUUACUUGGAACACCAUCAUAACUGGCAUGGCUAUGCAUGGUUGUGCGAGCAGUGCUCAAAGGCUUUUUAGGGAGAUGCAAGAGGAUGGUGUGGCACCUAAUGAUAUAACUCUUGUAGCUAUGCUCACUGCUUAUCGUCAUUCAGGGAUGACAGAAGAAGGCCAGAGAUUACUGGCUUGCAUGAGUUGCACUUAUGGGAUUGACCCCAAGGUUGAGCAUUAUGGUUGUGUUAUUGAUCUGCUUGCUCGGGCUGGGCGAUUGGAAGAGGCCUUGGAUCUGAUAGGGACUAUGCCUAUGGAGCCCAAUGCAAGUGUUUGGGCAGCAUUGCUCGGAGGUUGCAGGAUUUAUGCGAAUGCUGAGGUGGGUGAAAGAGUGGGUAAACGCCUUAUCAAUCUUCAACCGCAGCAUAGUGGCCGCUACAUCCUUCUCUCAAAUAUAUAUGCUGCUGCAAAACGAUGGGAUGAUGCAAGAAAAGUGAGAAACCUUAUGAAAACCAAAGGGGUGGCUAAGGUGCCAGGGGUAAGUGUGAUUGAGUUGAAGGGGAUUGUGUACCGGUUUGUGGCUGGCGAUUGGUCACAUCCCGAGUCAAGCUAUAUAUAUGAUAAGUUGCGUGAGCUAUCAACACGGCUAAAGACUACCACCGAAUAUUUACCAGAUACAGAGCAAACUCUGUGUGACAUAGAAGAAGAAGAAAAGGAGUAUGCUUUGUCUGUUCACAGUGAGAAGCUGGCCAUUGCAUAUGGAUUCCUACACUUGGGUACUGAGGAAGUCAUCAGAAUUGUCAAAAACCUAAGAGUGUGCAGAGAUUGUCACCAUUUCAUAAAGUUGGUUUCAAGAAUUUAUGGUCGAGAAAUCGUUGUCAGGGAUAGGAACAGGUUUCAUCAUUUCAAAGAUGGGGAAUGUUCUUGCCUAGAUUUUUGGUAGAUGUAUUGAGAUUUAUAGUUGUAUCAGAACAUUGUUAUGGGUUAAUUGCAACCAAAAAAAAACCUUGUAUCAUACAUGUUUUUGCAAGUUGCCCCCUACAUUGCAAUUUAUCCUUCAAAUAUUGAAAAUGUUACAAUUUGUUUUCUCCAUAGGGGGGUAUCCUGUAGCAUUUUCAAUAGUUAAAGGGAUAAAUUGCAAUGCAUGGUGCAACUUGCAAAAACUUGUACAGUACUGGGUUUUUUUGCAAAGAACCCUAUUGUUAUAUAUGUGGUUUUGGAUAAGAGCAUGUUGGUGCUCGAGUUAGAAUGACCCCAUGGUGAUUUUUUGGACUGUCAUAUUUGGCCACAUCAGAUAAAAAUUGACUUUAGUUGAAAAAAAUGGUUAUUUGACCUAGCCAAAAUAU